AGGCAGCACGUGCAAGUCAUAUGUGUGACAUGUGUAGAUCUGCAUUGUUUAUAUUUUGUUUUUCAUAUUUUUUAACAAUUAACACAAUUUAAUUGUUGACAAUGAUAUUUAAUAAUAGUAAUAAUAAUAAUUAAUUUUAUUGCAAAAAGUAAAAAAAAUGUUUCGACAAAUUUGUAAUUUAUGUCAAAAAGUUGAAGUUACUGCGAUUCGUAACCUCCGAAAGUACUCGUUGUCAGCAGCAUGGAGGCAAAAUUCAAUACUGAUGUAUCCGGAAAUAGACGAAGAUGAUCAUGAUACUCCAGAAAUAAAAAAUAAUGAUGUCAUUAAACCAAUAAUACAGUGUAGAAGGAAAAUAUUUAAUUUUUAUCCAGGUAAAACAUACAGGAAAUUUGAAGACAUGCCAAUAGCAUCUGGGUCAUGGCACAAUGCUAAAUCUAAAGGAGAUUACUUUACAAUUUAUCCUACGCUUGAGGAAGAGCAAGAAGAAGAGGCAGAGUUAAGAAUAAAGUCAUUUGAUGAUUUAUGUAUUAAUGAAGGUUUAAUUAAAAAUCUUAAAUUUUAUAAUAUUGAGGAACCAACAUUGAUACAAAAACGGGGAAUACCUGAAAUAUUAAAUGGACAAAAUAUAUUUAUAACUGCUGAAACAGGAUGUGGAAAAACAUUGACGUAUUUACUUCCUGUAAUGAAUCAAGUCUUAAAAUGGAAAACUCUUGUUCAAGAUAGGCCACAUAAUUCCCCACUCGCUUUAAUUCUUACACCCAGUCGUGAAUUAGCACAUCAAAUUGGUGCCGAAGCAAAAAAAUUGUCAAUAAAUUUAGGUAUUAACGUAAAAACAUUAAGUGGAGGUAAAACUAAAAAACUGAUGCGUAAUCCAUCAAUUAGAGACGUUGAUAUUUUAAUUGGUACAAUUGGUGUCAUAAGUAAACUAACAACAGUAAAGAUUUAUAAACUAAACUACGUACGUCAUACUGUAAUUGAUGAAGCCCACGCACUUUUUGAUGAAACUUUUGAGGAAAAAAUGCAAUAUUUUCUUAAAAGAAUUAAAUUUGGAUUUGAACAAGUUGGUAAUAAUUUUCCGGAAAGCAGUCAACUAACAUUCGCUUCCGCUACAUUGCCUAAAACAAUGCCAGAAUAUUUAAAUAAAUGUGUUGACAUGGAUUCUAUUAUUCAAAUAUCAACAGCUAAUACACAUCGAGUUCUGGUGCCACAAAAAUUUAUGCGACUUGGAGGAUCACAAAAAGCACCAAUGCUACUAAAAUUAGUAAAACCACGUGCGCUGAGACGAGAACCAACAUUAAUAUUCAGCAACGACUCUUCAACGUGUGACUUUAUUUCCAUAUUUUUAAAUCAAAUGAAUAUAAAGGCAACAAAUUUACAUGGCUCGAUACCAACCGAGGUACGCAACGGCAAAUACAGAGCAUUUAAAAACGGUGAAAUCAGUGUGUUGUCGACGACAAAUGCUGGUGCUAGAGGAUUAGAUACGAUUAUGGUUGAUUUUAUAAUUAAUUAUGAUUUUCCAAUGAGUACCAUUGAAUAUAUUCACAGAUGCGGAAGAACCGGAAGAGUUGGCGGAAAAAUAAAUGGCAGAGUUAUUAAUUUUAUAAGUAAACCACUUGAAAUAGAAAUGACUAAAAAAAUAGAACGUAUUACAAGACGUAUGCAACCACUUCCGAUGUUUGACAUUACAGAGCAACGUGAAAAAAGGGAAAUGGAUAAUGAAAUUAAACAGCUUAUAGCGCAGUCUUAAUUUUGUUAAAUUUAUAAAUAAAAAAAAUUAUAAAAAUUUUGUUACGAUGAUAAUUUUAAAUAAAAAAAUAAAAACCGGAAAAGAAAGAAAAUAACUGAUUGAUUUAAUGGCAUUGAAACAAAGAAAAAUAUUUUUGGCAAGAGGAAAUAGGGAGUGUACCCACCACCCAUCCGCUCACUCGUUCAUUCACUGAAUCUACAUACCAUUACAUCCGGUUUAAACACAUGCCAUACGCACUAUCAACCGGUCAACUGAGUUUGUUUUUAUUUUUUCCCCUCGUUACAUAAAAUAAAACAAAAAUAAAAAAAUAAAGUUUAUAUUA